AUGGCGGGCUCGCUCGGCCGCGCCCUCUUCGUUCCAUGGCAUGGGCUGGAUCCUGACGUCCAACACCUGGCGACUGGCAAACAACAGCUCACCACGGUACUCAUCAGAAACGUGCCACAUGGUGUCACACGUGAUGAGAUGCUCAUCAAGGGCUAUUGUUUCUUGAACUUUGUGAGCGAGGAGCUCGCACGCAGUUUCAUCGGCGCCUUCAACGGCUUCUCAGAGUGGCCUAUGCGGAGCAGGAGGGUGUGCACCGUAGAGUGGUCUGUGACGCAGGGGUUCAAUUUAAUCGCCGACCUCUGUCGGAACAGUCGGAUCCUUGGAGAUCACGUCCCCGACAAGUUCAAACCUGUAGUCUUUGUCGGCAAGACUCGUCUCCCGUUGCCAAUAGACUUCAGGACCCACGACAACAAGGGCUAUUGUUUCUUGAACUUUGUGAGCGAGGAGCUCGCACGCAGUUUCAUCGGCGCCUUCAACGGCUUCACAGAGUGGCCUAUGCGGAGCAGGAGGGUGUGCACCGUAGAGUGGUCUGUGACGCAGGGGUUCAAUUUGAUCGUCGACCUCUGUCGGAACAGUCGGAUCCUUGGAGAUCACGUCCCCGACAAGUUCAAACCUGUAGUCUUUGUCGGCAAGACUCGUCUCCCGUUGCCAAUAGACUUCAGGACCCACGACAACAAGGGCUAUUGUUUCUUGAACUUUGUGAGCGAGGAGCUCGCACGCAGUUUCAUCGGCGCCUUCAACGGCUUCACAGAGUGGCCUAUGCGGAGCAGGAGGGUGUGCACCGUAGAGUGGUCUGUGACGCAGGGGUUCAAUUUGAUCGUCGACCUCUGUCGGAACAGUCGGAUCCUUGGAGAUCACGUCCCCGACAAGUUCAAACCUGUAGUCUUUGUCGGCAAGACUCGUGUCUCCUUCCCAGAGCCCCGGCAUGGCAGCGGCUCCUUCGACACCUGGCAAUGUCAGCACACGCGGUGCGGCUACCGCUUCAACUACGUGUCGCGCCCUCUGGCCCAGCGCCUUCGGCGGCGGGCGCGCGCACCCUCGGCGCAUGGCCUGAGGGCCUGCCCCAGGCUGGCGGCGCUGGUCAGCGCGGUGGCGGUGCAGGCGGUGGCAAGGGCAGCGCUGCUCAGGCCUACCAGGGCCUACCAGGGCAUGGCGACGAGCUCGAAUCCUGCCCUCGCUUUCUCGGCGUUGGCGGGCGGGCUCAAGGCCGAUCCCAGGCUGGCGGCGUUCGCGCAGCAGUUGCAGGCGCUGGUACCCACGCUGCAGAAGCUGGCGAAGCCUGCGACGCCCGACGUGGUCAUGGUCGACGACGAGCCGCCAGGCACCCCCGCCGAUGCUCGCGAGCGCGAGGCUGCCGCCGUGGCGCAGGCAGGGUCCGAGGCGCAACGUGCAGUUGGCGCCGCCACCGCCGACGCCGCGGCAGUGCGAGCUCGGGCCCGGCAGUCGCACGCCGAGCUUCUGCGCUGGCUCGAGCAGCAGCGCGGGGGGCAGCAGACGCACGACGUCGCCGAGCAGCAGGGAGUCAAGCAUGAGUUGGUCAAAGGCAUCUUCGACCAGCUCGUCGAGGCUGCCAAGAAGAAGGAGAUCGGCGCCAUGUCCAAGCAGAUCGACGCCCUGAAGAGCCAACGCAGUGUCAUAGUUGGAGAGGUCGGCAGUCUCACGGAGAAGAUCGUGCAGGCGGGCAAGCGCAGGGAGGACCUGAUGCAGCAGGUGGCCUCCAG